GUUUCCAGCCGGCGGCGUUUGGCCGGUGCACGGCAGCGGCGGCGGGAGAUCCGCAACAGGCGGCGGGAGCGGCUGCAGGCAUCGCAAUGUCUGUCUCCAAUGGGAAUAAAUCCUGUUCAUAUCUCUCCUGUUCUUUGCAACUUACCAAGCAAUAGUCGUAGCUAAGAGAUCAUUAAAGUUGGACACUAUUAAAAAAUAUAAUGUAUUGAUGGUGUUAUUUAAAGCUGCUAGACUACUUAGUUGGAAUCAAGUUGUUGCUAGGGCUGAAGCCCUUUAUGUGCAAACAAACGCCAUCUGAUGCAACACCUUUGAAGACCAAUCAGAAAAAUCUAAACUCAUACUCACCAACAACAGGAACACGCCAAAUGAGUCCAUUUUCGUCUCCCAUGAGUCAUAAUGCACAAAAUCUCAGAAAUCACACAUCAAAUGGAGAAGGAACUGACCAGAAUGGUUCAGAAAGCAGAUUAUCCAGAAGAGGGCAGCCUCAAACAGAGGAGGAUGCGUUCAUGGAAUUGCAGUCCAAUGUGAAACGUUCAUUGGUUAGAACUGUGAAAAUAAGAGCAAAGCUGGAAAGUCUACAGGCUUUAGAGGGCAGUAGAGAGCUUGAAAAUAUUAUUGGUGUCUCGGACUUGUCUUGUGCCUUGAGUGAUGAAGUGCAGAAAACCCAAAUGCUAAUGAGUCAAGCAAAAGAACUGCAGCUGUUGAAAAGAAACGAUGGAAACCUUCCUGCCCAAAAGUACAUUCAGACUGGCAGUAGCGCUGCGUUCCUGAAGUCACUCCUUGACUGAGGCAUUAUGUGAAAAAUGCAUUCCACAUCAACCCAAAGUUCUACAUCUGCUUGACUGUACUUAAAAGGAGAGAAGAAAUGACUGUAAACCUAUCUCCCCAGCAAAUACCAGUUUGGGAUUGCUCGUUGCGCUGGGCAGGUGCACAUCUAGAUAAAAUUUCUGGCAUCUAUUUAAACUUAACAAUGUGCACAACCAGAUAAUCUCAAUGUAAAUAAUACAUCAUGGUUGUUUUAUGUGAGCAUGUGUACAAAAUGCUGAUUUAGGUUUGCUGCUGCAUGGAAAAUAAACUGUAUUUUAUUAGAUUCUUACCGCAAAUAUAUAAUUAUGCUGCCUUAAAAAAAACAAAACAAAACACACACACACCAACAAAAACAAACUCCACACCACCAAAGCAAAAACCCCACUGUAUCUCUCCCUCCAAGAACUGGGUGAGAAAAAAAAACAUGUUAAAAGACGAACUUUGGCUCCCGGGCCUCCUGUGGGAAACUGUUGCUUCCUGCCAGGGUAGGGGGUGCAUGUGUGUGCACAUGCUCGCUUAAUCAAUUCAACAUCCCCAAAAAGCUAGCAAGACAGGAUUUAAAUUAACGCAUGUAGUUUUGCAACAGCCCGCCAAGAAAUUUACCGCUUUUUCUGAUGAUGAUUGGGCUCAAAAGAUAAAGGAAGCUCUGUUGCACAAGGAAUUAUUCCAACUGCUGAACAUGUGAGAAUCAACAAUUUCCCUGUCUGGGGCUGCCACAGUUAGGGACGUAUUUAUCAUCUACAAAGAUGUUGCCGCUAAAGUCAACCCAAGACACACUAUCUAAAGGUCUUGGCUUUAAGCCCACAGCAUUAAAACACUGGGCUCUAAUAACAUUUGCUUUUUAGGUCAACUUUUAGUUUAGCUUUGAUAUUGAAUGAUGUAUGGUGAGAGUUGUUGUAACACAGUUUAUUCUCUUUUUCAUUAUCCUCAAAACCUCCUCUCCAGCCUAGUGACUACCCUGCAUCUCAAAUGGGUAAGGUACUGCCUCGCUCCUGGUGAAAGAGUGCAGCAAAAUUUUCAGAGAGCGAGAUAAAAAGUUCAACAUAAAUGCACAAAUUGACUGUGCUUUCUUGCUACCACUGCAAAGUACUGCUACUCAGACAGUUAAACUGGUUUUUACAACCAAAAUUCUGAGAAAUUAAAUUUUAAAUGUGUUCCAGUUUGUGGUUAAACAUGUACGCACUCAAGCUUUGGAAGUUUUUAAUUAAUAAAAAUGCUUUUGCACUGUG